ACAAAAAACCCUAACUAAAACCUUUAAAUUUGUACUUAAAUCCUCCGUCUCUUUAUUUCCUGUUUUAAUGGUUAAAUCCUCCGUCUCUUUAUUUCCUGUUUUAAACACCAUUAAAGCAAAAAUAAACCCACCUUCUCAACUACCUUACCCAAUAGACUAACCGCCUAACUCUCUCUCUCUCCUUAAACCUAAACCCGCAGUGAAAUUGCAAUAUCCCCGGCCGCUUUUCCAGCUCCGCCAUAGCCUUCCCUUCAAGCAAUAAAUCCACAAAACUUGUUAAUUCUUCUCCAUUUACUUUCUUCAAUCUCUGCUCGUCAAUUUCUCGAUCUAUCUCCACCACCACCAAUGUGGCGCCCUUGGGGUUCCAAUAAAUCAACGGUGCAGAUUCACGGUACCUCGUCCUCUCCAUUCUCCUGCUCCUCUUUCAAAGACAUCCAGAAUCUCUGCAGAGAAGAACCUAAAGAAACUUCCUCCGCCGGUAGAAGAACUUACACCGUCUUCCACCGUGUCCGCAUCGCCAACUCCCUCCUCCGCUCCUGGACGCCGAAGUUUCAGCAGGGACCGCAUACCGCAGCCGCCUCCACGAGACAAUCGGAUUCGGAUCCGUCCAUAUAUAUUCCAGGCGCCGACAAGCGCGUUGUCGUUUACUUCACGAGUCUCCGCGUGGUGCGCCCGACAUUCGAGGACUGCAACGCUGUCCGAUCUAUCCUCACUGGAUUCCGCUUAUCGAUCGACGAGCGAGAUCUGUCGAUGGACUCGCGGUUCUUGAACGAGCUGCAGGGGAUUCUCGGUCAACGAAAGUUGACUCUUCCCAGGGUUUUCAUAGGCGGGAGGUACAUAGGUGGGGCGGAGGAGAUCAAACAGCUGCACGAGGCCGGCGAGCUCAAGAAAUUAGUAGAAGGCUUGCCUUCCGCGGAGGCAGGGACGUGUGAGGUGUGCGGAGGUUACAGGUUCAUUCUUUGCCACGACUGUAACGGUAGCCAUAAAUUGUACACAGAAAAAACCGGGUUCAAGACCUGUACGGCCUGCAAUGAGAAUGGUCUCCUCAGGUGCCCUUCUUGCUCUUGUGCACCAUUCUAAAAAUUAUUCCAAAACAAAAAAAGAAAAAUAAAUAAAUAACCACUUUUUAUUUAUUUAUUUGUUUUUGGGGGAAAUUUUGGAUUAACGAAUCAAUUAAUUGUGGUAGGUUUAUUUUUUUUUUUCUGCUGUGGUUGGAAAAUACGUGGAUGCACAGCAUUGGGUUGCUUUAGUUUUCUUAGAAUUUAAUUAUGACAGCUGAUUCAUGUUAGUAGCUUUUAAUUUUUGUACCUCAAAAAUUCAGAAGAUGUUGAUAUUUGAUAAGGUAAUAUAACUUAUAAUUAGGA